UCCCCGCCGGUGCCGCCCGGUGCCGCCCCGCGGCCGCACUCGCCGCCGGCGCCUCCCCGUGCGCACCGCUCCGCACCGCACCGCACCGCUCCGCUCCGCUCCCCUCCCGCCCGCGCCGCCCGCUCCCCCCGGCGCUGCGGCAGCAUGCGGGGCUGCGGCGGGCGCCGCGCCCUGCUGGCCCUGCUGGCCCUGCUCCUGCACGCCGCCGCCGCCGGCCCCGGGCCCGCCGCCGGCCCCGCCACCGGCCCCGGGCCCGCCGUGGCGGGGGAAAGCCCCGGCAAUUUCAUGGAGGACGAGCAGUGGCUCUCCUCCAUCUCCCAGUACGGCGGCAGGAUCAAGCACUGGAACCGCUUCCGAGACGAGGUGGAGGAUGACUACAUUAAGAGCUGGGAGGACAACCAGCCCGGGGAUGAAGCCCUGGACACCACCAAGGACCCCUGCCAGAAGGUGAAGUGCAGCCGGCACAAGGUGUGCGUGGCGCAGGGCUACCAGCGCGCCAUGUGCAUCAGCCGCAAGAAGCUGGAGCACAGAAUCAAGCCACUGGGCACCAAGGGGCAUGGGAGCUGCAAGCCCUGCCACGCUGCCCCGCUCGCUGCCGUCUGCGGUUCCGAUGGCCACACCUACAGCUCGGCGUGCAAGCUGGAGCAGCAGGCUUGCCUGGCCAGCAAGCAGCUGACGGUGCGGUGUGAGGGGCAAUGCCCCUGCCCAACCCCGCACAGCCCCGCCGGCGGCGGCAAGCAAGAGCCGUGCACUGGGCAGGACCUGGCUGACCUGGGAGACCGGCUGCGUGACUGGUUCCAGCUCCUGAAGGAGAACGCCAAGCAGAACGGCUCCGGUGGCCUCCCCGCCAGCCCCGCCAGCGCGCUGGAGAGGAGCGUGGCGGCCAGCUGCAAGGAGGCGGUGGGAUGGAUGUUUGCCCGGCUGGACACGAGCGGGGAUCUCUUCCUGGAGGCGACCGAGCUGGCCGCCAUCAACCUGGACAAGUAUGAGGUGUGCAUCCGCGCCUUCUUCAACUCCUGUGACACCUCCAAGGACGGCCGCGUCUCCGCUCCCGAGUGGUGCUUCUGCUUCUGGAGGGAAAAGCCGCCCUGUCUCCGGGAGCUGGAGAAGAUUCAGAUCCAAGAAGCAGCCAAAAAAAAGCCGGGCACCUUCAUCCCCAGCUGCGACGAGGAUGGGUACUACCGGCGGGCACAGUGUGAGCCGGGCGGCGGGGAGUGCUGGUGUGUGGACCAGCACGGCGCCGAGCUGACGGGCACCCGUGGCCGUGGCAGCCCCGACUGCGAGGAGGCGGCGGGGUUUUCAGGCGACUUUGGGAGCAGCGUGGGCUGGGAGGACGAGGAGGAGAAGGAGCCGGAGGAGGCGGGCGAGGAAGGCGAGGAAGAGGAGGGUGAAGCGGGCGAGGGCGAUGACGGCGGCUACAUCUGGUAGAGAAGCAAGAGAGCCCGGUGGGCGGCACGGCCGGGCGGCAGCCCCCCAGCUGGGGGUCCCCAUGACCCCCCUGCUGCCGGUGUGGCAUGGGGUGGGUGCAGCCCCCCCGGCCCCCGUGUGGGACGGGGUGUCGGGCUGCUCGCCCGGGGAGGGGGCGAGUGGGGCGGGGGCCGCACUUGUGCGAAUUUGAGCUUUUUUUUUUUUUGGGUAGAGCCUUGUAGGCCUAGUGUGCUGCUGCGUGGUCUUCAACCGGGCAAACGGCGCUAAUAAAAGUGGGAAAAAAAGGAAAAAAACCCAAAACCAACAACAAACCCCCAUAGAUAAGCUGCCCCACAUCCCCCACCCCAUGCUGUGCUUGCGUGGACACCCCGGCCCCGGCGUUGUGUAGCGGCUGUGAAAUAAAUACCCCGUGCUGUGUCAAA